CACUAUACAAAACCCCUCACAAACUUGCUUCUCUCUCUCUUUUUACUCCAGCAUUGCAACUUGGUCAAACAACAAAACAACAACAGCACUGUAGAAGCAGCGAAAAUAGCAACCUCAACAACGUACACAAUCCUCAACAAACAAAAAAUGUCUGCAAAAUGCAGUAAAAUCCGCCACAUUGUACGCCUCCGCCAGAUGCUACGCCGCUGGCGAAACAAAGCACGCAUGUCAUCCGCCAACCGUGCACCGUCGGAUGUACCCGCGGGACACGUGGCAGUCUGCGUCGGAACUAACUACACCAGAUUCAUCAUGCGCGCGACGUACCUGAACCACCCCAUUUUCCAGAAGCUUCUCGUUCAAGCCGAAGAAGAAUACGGUUUCUCAAACCACGGUCCUCUCACCAUCCCCUGCGAUGAAGAAUUCUUCGAAGAAGCUCUCCGGUUCAUUUCCCGGUCCAACAACGGAUCGAACCGGUUCGUUAAUCUCGAGUUUGAAGAUUUUCAAAGACGCUGCCACGUCGGAAUUAGAACUAACGUCGAUUUUUGGCCUGAAUCUCGACCGCUCCUUCAUGGUCUCAGUGACAAAAAUAUUUGGUAGCGGUCCAACCGAACCGAACCAGACCGGUUGAUAUGGUUCUCACCCUUAGUCACCCGGAUUCUAACUCGACCGGCAUUUAAGUGAAGGUAUCUGAUCUCAUCGUGACUCGAGUGAUUAAUCUCUGCAGUUGCGAAUAUCAAAUAUCAGAUAAAUUUAGGGUUUGAUUUUUUACCCUAAUUUAACUUUUUAUAUGGUGGUGAGAAUUGAAAAAUUUGAGGGAUGAGAAUAUUUUUUGAAGCCAUCUCAGUUGUAUUGUAUUUAAUUUAAUUAAUGUGCAUUUUUGCACAAUGGAAAGAAAAAAGAAUUUUACAAUGCUCCGGGGAAUGAUAUAAGGAGAUGGCUAGAAGCGAGUCGUCCCGAGUUGAGAUCCGAGUGAAGGAGGCGAGUUGAAGGUGAUGAUGAUGAAGAUUAUUAUUGUUGUAAAUUAUUGUGUAUGUAAUGUAAUAUUUGAUUCAUGUUCAUGAAAUGACAUGGAGCUGUAGAGAAUAUUGAAUUUUUAAAUCUUAUUGUACUUUCUCUUUCAUUAUUAUUGAGUAUUGAAUUGAAUACUAUUUGGGGAAUCUUUUCACGACUAAAAAGAUAAGAAAAUUACUUUUCAAUAUUUAUUUUAUGAAGUGAAAUAAAAUAAGUUAAAUUAUGAUGUGGAAG